AUGCUGGUUGAAAGCUUCAAGGUUGCGAGCCCGGAUGUUGUUUACGGUGAUGAGUACAUCACCUCGAAAUACACGUACCAGACUACGGACCUAGACUGUGCUGUUAGGGAUGGGAAGUUCGAUUGGACGGUUAAGCCAGUCAGCAAGCAUUAUGAAUUCAGGACGCAGACUAAAGUCCCGAAGUUAGGUGUUAUGCUUGUAGGCUGGGGAGGCAAUAACGGUUCCACCUUGACAGCUGGAGUUAUCGCCAAUAGAGAAGGAAUCUCCUGGCUGACUAAGGAUGGCAUUCAAGUUGCUAACUACUUCGGCUCAGUUACCCAGGCGUCAACCUGCCGUGUCGGCUCGUACAAGGGCGAGGAGAUCUACGUCCCCUUUAAGAGCCUCCUCCCCAUGGUUGAUCCGAAUGAUGUUGUUUUCGGCGGCUGGGACAUUUCAAGCAUGAACCUGGCGGACGCCAUGGCCAGGGCGAAGGUUCUGGACAUUGAUCUGCAGAAGCAGCUCUACAGCCACAUGAAGGACAUGACACCCCUGCCGGGGAUCUACGACCCAGAUUUCAUCGCCUCGAAUCAAGAGGCUCGCGCCAACAAUGUCAUCAAGGGUACAAAGAAGGAGCAGAUGCAGCAGAUCAUCCAGGAUAUCAGGAAAUUCAAGGAGACGAGCGGCGUGGACUCCGUCGUCGUUCUCUGGACGGCCAACACGGAGCGCUACAGCGACGUGCGCACCGGCCUCAACGACACUAAAGAAAACCUUUUCAACGCGAUCGAGCGCAAUGAGCGCGAGAUUUCCCCGUCUACGCUGUACGCCGCGGCGUGCAUCCACGAAAAGGUUCCCUUCAUCAACGGCAGCCCGCAGAACACGUUCGUUCCGGGGCUGAUCGAAUACGCGCUGGAGAACAACAGCCUGAUUGGCGGAGACGAUUUUAAAUCCGGGCAGACGAAGAUGAAGUCUGUUCUCGUGGAUUUCCUCGUCAGCGCAGGGAUCAAGCCCAUGUCGAUAGUGAGCUACAACCACCUGGGCAACAACGACGGCAUGAACCUGUCAGCGCCGCAGACGUUCCGGUCCAAGGAGAUUUCCAAGAGCAAUGUGGUGGAUGACAUGGUGGCGUCUAAUUCCAUCAUCUACGAUAAGGGCCAGCACCCCGACCACGUCGUUGUCAUUAAGUACGUGCCGUACGUGGGCGACAGCAAGCGGGCUAUGGACGAGUACACAUCGGAGAUCUUCAUGGGCGGCAAGAACACCAUCGUGAUGCACAACACGUGUGAGGACUCGCUGCUUGCUGCCCCCCUCAUCCUCGACCUCGUGCUGCUGGCGGAGCUCUUCACUCGCAUCCAGCUGCGCAGGGAGGAGGAGGAGGAGUUCCACUCGUUUCAUCCGGUGGCGUCGCUGCUCAGCUACCUCUCCAAGGCGCCGCUGCCUGGUGCUCGUCCCAGUAUCAUGUUUCCAUACGUCAUCCCUUCCAUAGACCAGCCUGGUGCUCGUCCCAGUAUCAUGUUUCCAUACUUCAUCCCUUCCAUAGACCAGCCUGGUGCUCGUCCCAGUAUCAUGUUUCCAUACUUCAUCCCUUCCAUAGACCAGCCUGGUGCUUGA